GAUUUUGUUUAUUUUGAGGCCACAGUGUUAUCGACUUUGUUGGGUUUGUAUUAAUUGCGCGUGUCCACCGCUACCCACGCAGUAGCAUCACCGAAUAGCUUAACUGUUUUUUGAAAUGUAAAAAUGUUGGUAUUUAUUUAAAAAAACUAAUGAUACCAAUCAAUGUCAUUUUCUUCUCUACCAGAGGAAGGAAAUCCAGAGAGGUUAUGAAUACCAUUGUGAUAGACAGAAAGACGUUGGCUUAGGAUGAAACGGAAUGUAUAAUGAAAAAUUAAUUGAUCAAAGCUUUCAAAGGUUGCAAUUUUGAAUACUUGAUAUGCUUUAUAAGAACACUAAUAAUGUACGCCAGUGAGCCAUGUUGCUAUCAUGUAACAAAAGCAAAUAGCCUUGAGCAAUUGUUCACAUUGGCACAGAAUAACUGCAUGUAGUCUGUAAAAAUACUUGUGUAGCUACACAAUGCAGGGAUGCUAAUCAUGAUGGUGCCAUUAAAUGCCGUCUCAAGUCUGAACUAAUAUUGCUCAAUGAGCCGUCCCGUUUAAAGGUAAACACUGAUGCUGCUCUAUAUAUACCCGGGCAUAACCCAUGCACAGAACUACGCAGAGAAACGGCAAGAUUUGUUGAGCUUCAACAGCAUCAUCGCCAUUACCACUGCCGUGUUCGUCCACAGCCAUGUUCCCGACUCGAGGCGUCGCCAGCGUGCUGCUGUUGAGCGCCGUGCUGCUCUGUGCGUGCCAACUGGCGCACGGUGGCGUCAGCUUCCUGCCCAACGACUUUAAGAAUGAAGACAAGAAGGCGCCCACAGAAGUCGUUCAGCGCCGGGCGGAGGGAGCGGAGCGCUACACUGACGACGACACAGAGCAAAUCAAAAUCAUGGCCCCUCUGGAGGUGGGCAUCGCCAUGAGCUUUGACGAGUAUCGCAAGUAUGGGGCCAUCCUCAAUGAAAUGUUCAAGGAGCUGUUGAAUGUGGACUUGAUAGAAAAGUGAUUCGAAGAGUUGACCACAGAAUGGAGAAUGAAAGGUCGGGCUUGAGAAUGCAAGCGGUAUAAAUAACCUUCAAAGUAACUUAAAUAAGCCGUGGAGUUAACUUUUUUGAGGAUGUAAUUCAUUGAUUUGUGUGACCAAUCAGGUCAUGAGAAUCGCAUUGUAAUUAUUUGAGAGCACAGCAAUGAGCAUGUACGUAUUUGAAUAUAACUCUGUAUAAAUAAAGAAUGCAUGCCUAUAAAGACUGUGUGGCUCUGAACGUAUCACCAUCAUCAUCGGCCAUUUUCUA